AUGUUUUCAUCAUCAUGUGAUACAAUGGUGGCAAUGAAUGAUGUAACUGAUGAUGGUUCAAUAAUUUUCGCUAAAAAUAGUGAUCGUCAAGCGAACGAACCUUUAUCAACUCGUUAUAUUCCUUCUUCAACUUAUCCUUCAAGUUCGAAAGUGAAAACAACCUAUAUCGAAGUCGAUCAAGUCGAAGAAACAUAUUCAUGUGUUUUAUUUUCUCCAGCGAAUAUUUUCGGUGCAGAAAUGGGUUUUAAUUGUCAUGGAUUGGUUGUUGGAAAUGAAGCUCUAUUUACAAAAGUUUCUUCUGAUAAUGAAGGUUUAACUGGAAUGGAUUUAGUUCGAUUAGUCUUAGAACGUUGUCGAACAAGUCGAGAAGGAAAGAAUGAAAUUGUUUUAUUGAUUAGUAAAUAUGGUCAAGGAGGAAAUUGCGGUUUUACAUCGCAACUGUAUUAUCAUUCGAGUUUUUUAUUGGUUGAUUCAACAGAAUGUUGGAUUGUUGAAACUGUUGGAAAAGAUUAUGCUGCAAAAAUGAUCACCAAGGGUAUUUAUACAAUUUCAAACAUAAUUUCAUUUGGCGGUGUUGAGACAUUCGAUGAAUACUCAGAAAAUCUAAUUGAAUAUGCUAUUUGUAAAGGUUGGUGCCAAUCAAAAGAAGAUUUUCAUUUCCAGAAAUGUUAUUCAGGAUUUUCGUAUCAUCCCAACGAAUUCUACAAUGGUUUUCUCAAAACUCAAUUAGCCUGUAGUCAAAUGAGACGAACACGAUCAAAUGAGUUGAUUCAUAAGCGUCAUAAAAAAUUCAAUGUUCUCGAUAUGUUCCAUAUUUUACGUGAUCAUCAAUGUUCUCAAGAAAAUCCAUCGAGUGGAUUAACAAAUAUCGAUAUUUGUAUGCAUGCUGGUUUUGGACCAAUUCGAUUUAAUCAAACCACUGGAUCAUUAGUUUCUGUUCUUCCAACAAACACAAAUCAAAUUCCAACGCACUAUGCAACUUGUACAUCAGUACCUUGUUUAUCUGUGUUUAAACCCAUUUGGUUGGAUUCAGAAAUGAAACCUCCGAGAUUUCUGUCAUUGGACGAUGAAGGUAAUCUUGGGAAUGCAACUUGUACAUUUUCAUUGAAUAGUAUUUGGUGGAAAUCGGAAAUUAUGACGAGAAAUAUUGUGAAAUAUUACCGAAAAUUGAUUAAAGAAAUUGAAAUUGAACGAGAUGAAUUAGAACGUGAGUUGGUGGCGAAAUCCAAACAACUAUCGAUGAAAAAUGUUUUACACGAAGAGAGAAAGCAAUGGACGAUUUUUUCCUUUGAUAAAGUUGAUCAACUAUCAAAUCAAUGGCUUUCACGAAGUUCUUCAUUGUCAUUAGAAAUGGAAAGUGAACUUUCAUCUAUCCAAGAAUUUGCCUGGGAAAAAUGGAGAACAGCAGCCCAAAUUCCAGAACAUCUGUUAACUUAUUCGAAAAUUGGAUAUACAAAAAAUCUCUUAUUAUCUAUUGGUUUAUUAGUGAUAUUAAUCUUCAUUUGGAUAUUUUUAACAAAUAAUUCAGAUCAGCGAUAUACUAUUCUUUGUUUAUUAUUGCUUAACUACGUGUUCAUUUAUCAAAUACUUGUGAAAAGAACGAAACGAAAGACAAAUUCUAGUGUUGAAUUACUAAGAUUUAAUUUUAAUGAUUAA